ACAUUCAUCCGUCCAUUGACUUCGGGUUAAGCCCACAGCCACUCAACUCGGCACCUCUUGGGCGUUUUCUUCACCCUUGAUCUUGUUGUCAAGAGCUUGCAAACAAACAGUGUAAGUUGUUAUCAUUUGCUUUGUCUUCGAAUCCCACUAUUCUUUUUUCCAUUCUUACAUCUUCCUUUGAUUUGUUAGUUUCAAUGUUGUUUCUUUUCUGUUCAUGGAAAUGUCUGGUUUCUUUCGAGUCUUUAGGAAUUCUUAUCAGUUUCCGACCAUUUUGUUGGAUUCUUUCACAAAACACGGUUGUGGCUCUCUUAAUAGUUUGCUUAGCUGAUUGAUGUUCAGCAGAACGCAAGAAAAUGCAAUGUAAAAAUUGGUGGUGAUCCAUUGACACAAAUUCUUGCCAUGAACAACUAAUUUUGAGUAUUGCGAUAAGAAACUUGCAUGUACUUGUGAAAAUUGCAUGAUUGAGAGGCUUCUUGAAGGAUCAGUUUCAUCAUGGUUUUAUAACUACAAUUUUAUUCUGUCAGUCAUUGAUUUUUUUGGUAGUCAGGUUGUUGCCAAUGGCUGCUGAAAGAAAGAGAUUAUUCAUUACGAAUGGAAGCUUGUUGCAAGAGAAGUUAAUCUCCUCGAGUAAUGGUAGAUAUUAUCCCUUCCAUAACUUCUCAAUUGAAGAGCUUGAGAAAGCAACAAACAACUACGCUCCUCAUUGCUUUCUUAGCUAUAAUCUCCUUGGUACAUGGUACAAAGGUUCUCUUGAUGGCCGAGUUCUCUCUAUUUGCAUACCUCGCUAUCCAAAUGUUCAGGCAUCGCGUAAUCAGAUUAUUAAUGAGAUUGUGAAUGAUGUUGCAAUAGCAGCUCAGUUGAGUAGGCAGAGAAAUUUUUUGAGGCUUAUAGGAUGUUGUCUUGAGACCCCAGUUCCGCUUUUAGUUUAUGAAUCUGUCAAACGAGGAAAUGUCUCCGAGCAGAUUCAUGUCACUGGAGAGUUUCACUCUCAGCCUAUGACAUGGAAAUGCAGGUUAAAGAUUGCAAGGGAAAUCGCUCAUGCAGUGUCUUAUCUUCAUACGGCAUUCUCAAGACCUAUCGUUCAUAGAGGGAAUUGCCUCAAAUAUCAUGUUAAAUGCCAUAGCAUUAAUGAGGUAGUGGACUAUAGAAUUCUUGCAGGAGGAGGGAUUAAUGAGCAACAACAAUGGCAAGCUGCAGUGGAGCUUGCUCUCAAAUGCCUGGAGACAAGUAAAGAUAAGAGACCGGCUAUGGAAGAAGUUACAAAAAUACUUUGGCAAAUUGAAAGGUCCCUGGCAACAUUCCCAGAAAGACAUAGCUCAGUCUAUGACGAUGGAAGGAUAUUUAUGGAGGAAAUGAUUGCUUCUUAUGAGGGCAGGUGCCAUGUUCUCCAAAGUUUCUCUGGCGAAGAGCUAAAAAAGAUGACAAACAAUUAUCAUCCUGAUUACAUUUUCUGCUGUAGCAACAUUGGCAUAUGGUACAAAGGUAAUACAGAAAAUGGAAAUAUAUCCAUGUACAAGAUUAGUAAUGUGAAUUGGUGUGAGCAUGUCAAGAAUGAAUUCAAGUUUGCUGCAGAGUUGAGUUCUCAUAAGAAUGUCUUGAAACUCUUAGGAUACUGCCUUGAGACCUCAAUUCCAACUCUAGUUUAUGAAUCCACGGGGAAUGGAACACUUUUUGAUGAAAUUCACUUCCAUCCUGCACCUUUUUCUUUUCACAUUAGGUUAGUAAUAGCAAGACAGAUAGCUGAUCUAGUUGCAUAUCUCCACACGGAACUCUCUAUACCCAUUAUCAGCAAGAACAUAAAAUCUGCAAAUAUUUUCCUGGAUAAACAUCAUAUUCCCAAGCUUUCCAAUUUUUCACAAUCUGUUCAAAUCAUUGACGGUGAAGCAUUCCCAACAAAUCAAAUUGAGGGGACCAAGGGAUAUAUGUCCCCUGAGUAUAUAACUGAAGGUAUAGUCACUCAGGAAUUUGAUGUAUACAACUUCGGUGUGCUUCUGUUUGAGCUUUUGAUAGGAUUGAGACUCUUUGAUCUAUUUCAUUUGGUUGAUAAGGAAGGUGGAUUAUUAUUGGAUCACCUUCAAAAUUUUGUUAAAUGGCAUAGCAUUAAUGAGGUUGUGGAUCCCAAGAUUCCAAAAAACGAAGAAGGGCACGAUGAGCAGCAGAAGUGGGAGGUUGUGUUAGAGCUGGCAUUCAGAUGCAUGGUGACUGCAAAGGAGGAAAGGCCAAAGAUGGUAGAAGUUGCAACUGAACUCAACAAACUUUAGAGGUCAUUCAAUUCAGUACUGUCACAGCAAGAGAGACAUUAGCCUCAGAGUGCGGAAAGCUGUAAAUGGAGGAGUUGAUUGCUUCCUACUAUAAGGGGCAUGAUUAUCCAGGGCUUAUCUGCAGAAGAGGAUGGUGACAAACAGUUAUGAUCCUUACAGUUUCUGUUGAAGCAACAUUGGCAUGUGGUACAAAGUUAAUAUGGGAAACACAAUCGUUACUCUGUGCAAGAUUAAUAGUAAUAAUUGGAGUAAGCAUGUCAGGAAUGAAUGUAAGAUUGCUGGCAAGUUGGUUGCUCAAACAGUUUCUUGAAGCUCUUAGAAUGCUGGCUUGAAAUUAAUUUCCAGCUCUGCUAUAUGAAUAUGCCGAGAAUGGAACAUUCUCUCAACAGAAUCACUUCCUUUCA